AUGAAAGCUGUCCAGUUUUACCCAAGUAUAAAAGGAAAUAAAGAGCCCAAACCAAAUUGGUUAGCUUGAAAGAGGAUGAGCAUUACUCAUAAAGUUAGUACCCCAGUUUCAAAAAUCAGAGAUCUGAGGAAAAAGAUAUAUUUUGAUGAUCCCAAAUUUAUUAGCCAAGUCGAAAAUCCUUCAAUAAAAGUUGAACCUGUUAAAAUAACUAAAAAUCUCAAUCUCAAAAACUCACGCUUCUCUGCAGAAACAAUAGUAACCCCAUUACCAAAGUCAAUAAGUAUCGAAGAGCCUAAAGAAGAUUUUAUUGAGGCGACACUUAAUCAUUUCUUAGAAAACAAUGCUGUAACAUAUUUACCACCUAUUGAUUUCAUUAAUAAAGUGAGCCCUAGUCCUGAACUAUCUAUAAACAAAGAGGCAAACAAUGAUGACUCUGCAAGAAAUCAUCUUGAGAAUGAUAAAAAUAACGCAAAAUUAGUUGACGAUUCUGAGAUGUUUGAAAAUAAUUUAGAAAAAAUUGAGCAUGAAUUAUUUAAAGAUUUGCUACCUAAGCCAGUAAAGCUUCAGCAGAAUCACAAAAGAUUGAUUUCUGAAAAAGUUACUUUAGCUGACCUCGGUUUGAUAGGACAGCAUAUUCCUCACAAAUAUUUCCCAAAACGAGACUCAGUUGCUAUCAGAGCUCGGCAAUCUCAGUCGCCCAAAGUAUGCUAUAUCUCAUCAACACAAGAAGAAUCUACUUCUUUUAAUACUCCUCGCCCAAGGCACACCCUCCAGACCCCUAUUGCAGCCCACUCAUCACCUCGAGCCUUAAAGUCAAUCACAAGAACUGAAUUUUAUAAAUUCGCAAGCGCAAGCCCUCCCUCCAAGCUUCCCAAAGCAAGCCUAAUUUUUCUCGAAGAAGAAGUUCGCGAUAUUUCUCCUACCUAUCGCCCUCGAAAUUCUACAGGUUUUUAUCACAAAAGUGAGAUGACCCCAAAAGCUCACGUGAUUAACAUUGGAAUAUCAACAGACUCCUAA